AAUCAAAAACUAGCUCAGGCCUUCCAACGGCAGCAGUGUUGAUGCAGACACAUGAUGGAGGCCUGGCCAGCCAUGGCCUGGAUUCUGGUGCUGUUAUCAGUUUCUGAUUGGCUGACAAUCGCACAGGGUCGGGACUUUACCAUGAAGGACAUCGUUCGUCUGCAUCCUUCAACCACUCCUCACCCCGGCGGCUUCAAGUGUUUUACAUGUCAAGACGCUGCAGAUAACUACGAGUGCAACCGCUGGGCCCCAGAUGUUUACUGUCCAAAAGAUACCGGCUACUGCUACACGCUCCACAUGAUGGAUAACCAUGGAGACAGCGUUUCUGUGACUAAGCGUUGCUCCACCUUAGAGAACUGCCGCUUCACUGGCUGCAUCAACAUCACCCAUAAUGGCUUCCAGGUGUGCACGUCGUGCUGCGAGGGAAACAUCUGCAAUGUGCUGGUACCCAGGAAUGACAGCAGCGCAAUGUUCUCCUUCGCCACUCCUCUGGGCAGCUCGGGGGGCAGGCUGCUUCCUGCUGUGCUGCAUUUAUUCCCCCUCGUCAUCAUCAGCAGCUGCUGGACAUGUUUAAGAGUCAAAUAAUUCAACUCUUUAAGUUUACAAGACUCAGUUUUUACUCUUUUUGUUAUUUAAAACUGUAACACUUCAAUUUUUUUUAAUGAAAUUACCUGUAAAUGUUUUUUGUAUGGCAUUUUACCAAGCUGUCCAGGGAAGUUUAGCUCAAUUUAUAAAGUAAAAAUUUACUUUUCAAGGCAAUAUGUUUGGAUUUUAUGAUGCACAGAGGAGAGCUUCAUUUUUUUACGGAUUUGUUUUCUUUCCAAACUUAACUUAAUAAUGGUGUGAUCAGGUUGGAGGUUAAUUUCAUUGGUAUUAAACUAAAGGGGGCCAAACACACUUGCUUCCCCCAUUUGACAGAAAAUCCAAGAAAAGUUUAUUAAAUCAGGAUUUUCACUUGUUUACUAUUUUCGGUU